CAGAUCUGCGGGGGAAGUUGCGCAAAAAAAAAAAAAAAAAAAUAGAAGAAACGAGGAAGGAAUUUAACUCUUGUUUUCUGCUUCUCGAUUUUCUCUUAAAGCUCGACUGAAACACGCUUCUGCUCUUUUUUUUUAAAACCCAGAAACCAGGUACUUCACGCGACUUGAACAAAUCCAACUCAAAUCCAUAACAGGUGAGUGGUGACUGGGUCAUGGCAGGAAGAGGCGGUGCUACGAGACCUAACGGGCCGAACGCAGCCAACAACAAAAUCUGUCAGUUCAAACUGGUGCUGCUGGGCGAGUCUGCGGUCGGCAAGUCCAGCCUGGUGCUGCGCUUUGUCAAAGGCCAGUUCCAUGAGUUUCAGGAGAGCACGAUAGGAGCGGCCUUCCUGACUCAGACGGUAUGUUUGGAUGACACGACGGUGAAGUUUGAGAUCUGGGACACAGCCGGUCAGGAGCGCUAUCACAGUUUGGCUCCGAUGUAUUACAGAGGAGCUCAGGCAGCCAUAGUGGUGUAUGACAUCACAAAUGAAGAAUCAUUUGCACGUGCAAAGAAUUGGGUUAAAGAGCUUCAGAGGCAAGCCAGUCCUAAUAUUGUAAUAGCUCUGGCUGGAAACAAAGCAGAUCUUGCCAGCAAGAGAGCACUGGACUUCCAGGAUGCACAGUCUUAUGCAGACGACAACAGUUUGCUUUUCAUGGAAACGUCAGCAAAGACGUCGAUGAACGUGAACGAGAUUUUUAUGGCUAUCGCAAAGAAGCUCCCCAAGAACGAGCAACAGGCGGCUGGAACAAACACAUUCCGAAAUCGAGGAGUGGACCUGGCAGAGACGGCACAGCCUGCCAAAGGGCCGUGCUGCAGCAACUAACCACCAAACGCACACAUUCUCACCUCCCAACUAACUCUGCAUCACUUCUGACUUCUGGAAAUGGGGCGCAUCCUUCCAUACCUCGCUCCCUGGAACUGCUAAAGACUCUGUAUAGCUCUGUUUCUAAUACCUUAUUUUUUUAUUUUUUUUUUUUUUGGGUUUUUUUUCUUUUUUUUCUUUUCUUCAUUUUUUAAGCAAAUAUAAGUACUUCAGUAUAAUGGAUGCAUGUAUCACUACAAAGCCUAAAUACACAUUUUUAACUUAACACGGGAAAAGUUAACUAGGUUGAAUGAGAGGGGAAGAAAGAGAGCUUGUGUGUGUGUGUGUGAGUGUGGGUGGGUGGGUGUAUGUGUUGUAUAGUGUAGUAUUAAGGAUGUGGAGGCACAGUAAUAUGUCCUGAACGGGUUUGGUGGCUGUUGGAUGCUCGUAUUUGCAGCCAUGUCAAGCUGUACAUGCAGCUUUCAUUGCGUCUGAGUGCCAUAAACGAAGUCGUCAAUCAGCUAUGGAGAGGUCUGAACAAGAACAACCUGAUCCUAAACAAAAGAUGCUACCUAAACGAUCACCAUUAUAUAAGUACAUUUUCUAGAGAGAAGUUUUUUUUUUGUGUGCAUGUUUUGACUGUUAAUCUGGUAAAAUUAUUCUCAUGUUAAAAAAGUCACUCAUUAACUAGUACAGCAUCCAGGAGUUUAGGAAUCUCUUUCUUGUAAAAUUCGAUAUUUUGGUGUCCAAGUUCUUCAACGGAAAGUAACUUUUCGCCACCCCCCUCUAGCUGAGUUUCAGCUGAAAUUCAUCUCAGAUACGAUAUCAGUCACGAUAAAGAAUCCGACGGAUACAAAACGAGGGCGAAAGUAAACCUCUGCGUAUCCAAGCUUUUUGUUGUGUAGCUGUUGGAGAACGAUCACCCUUCUACCUACGCAUUCCUCCUCAAAUCUAAGAAUACUCUCUGUCCUUGUCUUUUCCUGGAGGUUAUUAAAGUAUUGCUGGCUGAUGGCCUCAGCGAAUCUGUUUCUGUCCUGGAUGGACAUCUCAGUCUUAUCUUCAGACCUGAUUUGACCAAUGGCUGUGUCUUCUGAGGGAAAAGAAUAAACCAAGGUUGGGCUAUUGCAUUUCUGUCCUGCUGUAUGGACUUACUGUUGACCGAGUUAACUGUCGGUGUUACAUACGUUAACACUAAAGAGCAGUAGAUUAAAAGACUCCAUUCUCUCUGAGCUCCAGUCGCUCUCAUAAAUGUCACAAAUAAUUCUACAUAGUGCAUGGCUGAUGCAUUAUUGUGAUGCGGUGUAGUACAGCUGCGGAAACUAAAGCUUCGAAGACUCUGAUUCAUCUUUGGAUUAUAUUCCGAUCAUCGAAGGCAUUAAUGCCCAGUAGUAGAAAAAAUUCAAGGUAUCAAGGUAGAAACCCAAUAUAUCUGCUAUCUCCGUCUUAAAUACUACUAUAUGAACUGUUUGCCAUGAUGGAUCGUAUGUAUGCACUUUUUUUUUUUUUUUCUUUUUUUUUUUUUUUUUUUUGUACAGUUCCCUUUAAAUAAGAGAUUUCACAAAUUGGCCAAAUAAUGUUUUGAUGGUUGUCAUUUUUUCUCCUUGUAUGUAGUGUUAUUAACAAAUCAACUUGACAUUUAACCCAUGGUCUGUCUAGUGCUUCUUUAGAGAUGCUAAAUGUUUUUUUUUUUCUAUCGAGAUACUAUCAAGUUGCACAAAAUAUGAGUCGUAUUUUUAAAUAAGUCAUUAUGAGAGACGACGCCUGCCUGGUGUCUUUGUAGUGAAAUGGACCACAAUGGGCUUGAUUAGCAAUACUGCUAAAUUGCGGCAGGCAGCCGAGGUAAUUAAUUAGCAGCCGUCGGAGAGCCGAAAAAGAUUGAGUGAUGUAACAGCAUUAACACUGAGGGACUGAUUGCUUUUUAAUGUCCAGGUACUAGUUAAUGUUUCCAAUAAAGGGGGUGAAUUGUA